AUGAAUAUAUUCUUCAAAAAAAAUACUCAUAUUAGAAAUGUAUCAGAUACAAAGAGCUUGUCAAGCAGUGAUAAUACGCCAACUUCAAGCCCAAGGAAAAUAUUCCAGAAUUAUUCCAAUAAUUCUUCAUCUCAAAAAAUAAAAGACGAACAAGAAACUAUCUUUGUAGAUGCACAUAAACAAAAAAAUCAAGUACCUGUAACGUACCAUCCAAAGAGUUUACGUGCAACUAAGAGUGAGCAUUUCUCAAAGAGAACCCCUUCCCUACCUCAAUUAUCAAUCGGAGGUGUAAAAAAUCAGGCAAGUUUUUCUAAUGGUAAUCAAUCACCGAAGUUAAAUUCUAAUAGUAUUCCAAGUUCUCCUUCAUCUGCAUAUAAGAAAUCGCCUUUAACAGGUUUUAAUGUUUUUUCUAAAUCUAAUAAUAAUAAUAAUAAUAAUAAUAAUAAUAAUAAUAAUAAUAAUAAUAAUAAUAAUAACAAUAAUAACGAUAACUUCACAAUUGAUGAAUCUCCCAGCAGUUCUCAAGAUAGUAUUUACAAUGAGCAUAAUAGUCAAAAUUCUAGAGAUGCGCCUAGUAGUUCUGGAACCUUUAGGUCGAUGUCAAUAACAUCAAAUACAUUUAAGAGUAUCAAAUCAUCUUUCGGAAGUAGAAAGAAUUCACAAAGGGGAGAAACCUCAAAUCCUUUCAGUAGCCAUGAUAAUCAUAAUAACAAUCCACCAAACUCAAAUGGUAAAUCUAAUAGUAACCAAAAGAAUCUUUUAAGUAAAAGUAUUUCUGACAAUAACAUGGGUUUAGGAAUAAAAACAAGAAAAUCAAGUACAUCACUAAUGUCAAAAAGAUAUAUGUCAGGUUCUAGUACAAACUUACCAUAUCGUCAAACUUCCAGUACCUCUACGAAGACCAGCUCUUCUAAUGUUUACCACGGUCAUCACCAUCAUCAACAUACCAGUCGGAAACCGCAAGUAUAUCCAGCAUUAUUAUCAAAAGUAGCAUCUAAAUUUAAAUCUCAAAUACAAUUAAAGGAGCAUAAAAAAAAUGGGUUGUUGUAUAGAGAUUCAUUCACAGGUCAACAGGCAGUUACUUUAGUAUCAUCUAUAAUUAGAACAUCUGAUAGAAAUUUAGCAUUACUACUAGGUAGGUCAUUAGACGCUCAAAACUUUUUUCAUGACGUUGUUUAUGAACAUAGGUUACGUGAUUCACCAAAUGAAAUUUAUGAAUUUACUGAUAACUUGAGAAUAAUCGGAUCUAAUUCUGGCAGUUAUGCUCAUAUGUCGAGGCAUGAACCAUUGGAUUUAUAUUCUACUGGAGAUAAUAGUAUUAGUGGAAUAAAUCUAACCAACUCGAACACGAAUACGCUGCAUUACCAACCUUCAAUCUCAUCUAUGACAACAGACAGAACUGUAACCACUUCUUCCGCACAUAAUAUGGAAGCAGAAAUAGCUCAACCACAAGGAUCAAACAAUAUAAUGGUUAGAAAUGUCAAUGGUGUUUUUACACUACUGGCUGAAUGUUAUUCACCUACAUGCUCUCGUGAUAAACUUUGUUAUUCAAUAUCUUGUCCUAACAGAUUAGAACAACAAGCUCGUUUGAAUUUAAAGCCAAAUGGUGGUUUAAAAAGAAAUAUUUCCAUGAAUCUUGAUGAUGACGAAGAAGAAAGACAGUGCUGGACUAGUAGUGUUUCUGAAGAUAUAUGGAAAAAUUUAUCGAAGAACGAAAUUAAGAGACAAGAAGCAAUAUAUGAAGUGUUUAUGACCGAAAAGAAGUUUAUCAAAUCUUUAGAAAUAACUAGAGAUACAUUCAUGAAAACUUUGGCCGAGACAAACAUUAUCCCAGCUGAUAUUCGUAAGAAUUUUAUUAAACAUGUUUUUGCUCAUAUAGAGGACAUAUAUUCAGUAAAUAGACGUUUCUUUGAAGCACUGGCCGAAAGACAAAGAAGUCAACCCUUGGUCAGAGGAAUCGGUGAUAUCAUGUUGAGAUUUUUACCCUUUUUCGAGCCAUUUAUUACUUAUGUGGCCUCUAGACCAUAUGCCAAGUAUUUGAUUGAAACUCAAAGAUCUGUCAAUCCAUAUUUUGCGAGAUUUGAUGAUGAUAUGAUGAAUUCUUCUUUAAGACAUGGUAUUGACUCAUUUUUAUCGCAAGGUGUUUCUAGACCUGGUCGUUACAUGCUUUUAGUAAAGGAAAUAUUAAAAUCUACGGACCCGGAGAAAGAUACCAGAGACCAUGAAAACUUACAGAAGUGUAUGGAAUCUCUCAAAGCUUUUAUGUCAAGAAUUGAUGUAGCGAGUGGUGCCGCGCAAGACAGACAUGAUGUUAAAUUAUUAAAACAGAAAAUAUUAUUUAAGAAUGAGUAUGUUAAUUUAGGUUUAAACGAUGAGAAGCGUAAAAUCAAGCAUGAAGGUAUUUUAUUUCGUAAAGAAAUCUCUAAAACUGACAAUACGUUCAAUGGCGAUAUCCAAUUUUAUUUAUUGGAUAACUUACUACUAUUUUUAAAGGCAAAAUCUGUUAAUAAAUGGCACCAACAUAAAGUCUUUCAAAGACCUAUCCCAUUACCACUAUUGUUUUCAAUUCCUGGAGAAGAAGUUCCUAACUUAAGAAAGUAUAUUGGUACUGUGCCAGAUAGCUCAGCCUGUGUCUUAAAGCCAGAAUUAAACCAAACUUCAAACCUAAAAAAUGCCAUUUCAUUUGUCUAUUAUGGUGCUAAACAAAAAUACCAAGUCACUUUGUAUGCAGCUCAACUAGCCGGCUUACAAACGUUAUUAGAAAAAAUUAGAGUUGAACAGCAAAGGAUCAUUUCUGAGACAUCCAUGAUUAAUAUAAUCAAAAUUAGUGAUAAAUAUUUUGAUUAUAACAACAAAAUUAAUAGUGUUGUUUCAUGUGAUGGAGGUCGUAAAUUAUUAAUUGCUACCAAUUUAGGUUUAUAUAUGAGUAACAUAAGAAGGACGCCUGCAUCUGAAAAUAGCAAGGCCCAUGUCUUAUUUUCUACCCCAACCCAAGUUAUUCAAAGGAAUAGCAUCACACAAGUCGGCGUUUUGGAAGAGUUUAAGUCCAUUUUAUUACUGAUAGAUAAAAAAUUAUAUUCUUGUCCACUGGCUUUAUUAGAUGUACAAGGUAAUGCUACGCAAUAUUUCAAGAAACAUGGUAAAGAGUUGAUUAAUCAUGUUAACUUUUUCGCCGAGGGUGAUUGUAAUGGUAAAAGACUAGUUGUAACUGCACAUUCUCACUCUGUUAAAUAUUUUGAGCAUGAGCAUCCAUUGUUGUCCAGAAAAACUAAUGGUAGUGGUGAUAGUGGAACGAACACAACAGGGGCAGUAAAUCCAACCACAACGACUAAGAAAAAUUUAAAGAAAAGUAUAACCGAAGUAACUUUUGAUUCUGAGCCGGUUUCUAUUUCUUUCCUAAAGGCAAACUUAUGUAUUGGUUGUAAAAAGGGAUUUCAGAUUGUUAGUAUAUUUAGAAACCAACAUGAAUCAUUAUUAGAUUCUGCAGAUACCUCACUUGAAUUUGCUCUACAGGAUACGUUAAAACCAAUGGCAAUCUACAGAGUCGGUACCAUGUUUUUAUUAUGUUAUACUGAGUUUGCAUUUUUCGUUAAUAAUCAAGGUUGGAAGAAAAAAGAUUCACAUAUCAUCAACUGGGAAGGUGAACCUCAAAAGUUUGCAAUAUGGCAUCCAUAUAUUUUAGCAUUUGAUACUAACUUUAUCGAAAUAAGAAAAAUAGAAACAGGUGAAUUAGUAAGAUGUAUUCUCGGUGAGAAAAUAAGAUUAUUACAAACUAGUUCUCAAGAGAUUUUAUAUGUUUACGAGGAUUCACGUGGCUACGACACAGUUGCAUCGUUAGAUUUCUGGGGCUAA